UGGUUUGAGACGAUAAGCAUGCUGGUCAUCCUGCUGAACUGCCUGACGCUGGGCCUCUACAAGCCGUGCAUCGAUGAGAACUGCCUGGAUGAUUUGAGAUGUCGCAUUUUGAAGUACUCUGACCACCUGAUAUUUGCCUUCUUCGCUUCGGAGAUGAUGAUCAAGUUGAUGGCCAUGGGAUUCAUUGGCAGGCUGGCCUACCUCGCUGAAACAUGGAACAGGCUUGAUAUGUUCAUCGUUGUUGCAGGGUUGGUUGAUUGGUUGGCUGGCUGGUUGGCUGGUUGGUUGAACUUGAACCUCUCCGCCAUCAGAACCAUCAGAGUCCUCAGACCACUCAGAGCUAUCAACAGAGUUCCAAAUCUCCGCAUUUUGGUGAACCUGCUUUUGGACACACUGCCGAUGCUUGGAAAUGUUUUGUUGCUAUGUUUUUUUGUGUUCUUCAUUUUUGGAAUCGUUGGAGUUCAACUUUGGUCGGGCGUUUUGAGGAACAGAUGUUGGUUGAGGCUGCCCGAAAACUCAGGGUGGAACACCAAUGAAACAAUUUUAUUUUUCCACAGCUUCCUCAGUCCCUACUAUAUGGACCACGACAAAGACUUCAUAUGCAGCCGGGAAGAUGACAACGGCAUGAACAGGUGCGAACAUCUUCCGCUCUACAUUCUGAACGGAAUGAGAUGCAACGCAUCAGCCAGCCCAUCACAUUACGCCGACGCAACCACAGUCGAUGCCAGCCUCCACAACAACGAGAGUUGCAUCAACUGGAACAUGUACUACACGGCCUGCCAACCAACUGGACUUAAUCCCUUUCAAGGUGCUAUCUCUUUUGACAACAUCGGUCUUGCUUGGGUUGCAAUUUUUCAGGUCAUUAGUUUGGCCGGUUGGGUGAACAUCAUGUAUUACAUUCAAGACGCCCAUUCGUUCUGGAAUUGGAUCUAUUUUGUGGCUUUGAUUGUUGUCGGAGCAUUUUUUAUGAUCAAUCUCUGCCUUGUAGUUAUUGCAACUCAAUUUUCAGAAACAAAAAAACGGGAAAUGGAGCGGAUGCAGUACGAAAGAAGGAACCAACGACAAAGGCAGUCGACCAGCACGGUGAGGAGUCUGACGGAAUCGCGAGGAUGCUACGACGAGUUGAUUAGAUGUUUCGCCCAAUUUCUUACCUACCUGGCUAAUAAAAUAUCCGGUCUAUGGAAAACGUUUCGCCGGAAGUGCUCACAACAUCACGUGAUACAAAAUUUGAACAGAAACAAGUGCUGCAUCGUAUGCAGCUUUUUUGCAGACAAAGGCAAUUUUAAAAUGACAAAAGCCUGCAAUAAAGAAGAAGAUGGUGAUGAUUACUUCAGCAAUGCCGAAGAACAGCCUGUCUGUACAGUGUUUGAAUCUAAAUCAGAAAAUCGAGUAAAAAACAGUAAAAUAUAUAAACAAAAAAACUAUGUAACGGGAAAGAGAGGCUGCAGCAAUAAGAGCACUAAUUUGAAAUACGAUGCUGGAGAAGGAGAUUCGUCUGCUGCCAGUUCUUCAAGAGAUUGUAGGCUGGCGUCCUCCGAUGAGGUCGAUGGUAACGUCAGAAGUGUUAUAUGGAAGAAGCUUCGACGUUACGUGAAAGUUUUGGUGAAUCAGCGAUAUUUUCAGCAAGGCAUUCUGGUCGCCAUAUUAAUAAACACGCUCAGUAUGGGCAUUGAACACCACAAUGAACCGAAAUUGUUAACUGAAGUUUUGGAGUACAGCAACGUUAUAUUCACCGGGUUGUUUGCUGUGGAGAUGUUCCUGAAGUUGAUCUCAGAGGGCUUGAUCGGCUACAUCAGGAAUGGCUUCAACGUCUUUGACGGUUUCAUUGUUGUUAUUAGCUUGGUGGAGUUGACCCACGAGGGGGACAGUGGGCUGUCGGUUCUGAGAACGUUCAGGUUGUUGAGGAUCUUGAAAGUCGUCAGGUUCCUUCCAGCACUGCGUCAACAGCUGGUCAUUAUGCUGAAGACCAUGGACAACGUUGCAACAUUUUUCGCGCUCCUUGUACUCUUCAUCUUCAUAUUCAGCAUUCUGGGAAUGCACUUGUUUGGUGGCAGGUUGUGCGCCCACCCCAGCGAGAAGAGACCGUGCAACUGCACCGAGGUCCUCGCCAACAUCUGCAAAUGUGACAGGAAGAAUUUUGACUCAUUGCUCUGGGCUAUUGUGACUGUUUUUCAGAUACUAACACAGGAAGAUUGGAACGAGGUUCUGUACAACGGAAUGUCGAAAACAUCAGCCUGGGCAGCUCUGUACUUCAUCUUCCUCAUGACGUUUGGCAACUACGUCCUCUUCAACCUCUUGGUGGCCAUUCUUGUGGAAGGAUUUUCAUCCUCAGAGAAACAACAACAACAACAGAUAAAACAUCACCUUCUCUUGAAACCAAUAACAGUAGAAGACACUCAGACAGGAGACCUGCAGUUAAUCAGCACAACAACGAAACCGAAGAAGAAUGAUAACAAAUUUGUGGCUGGCAGACGGACCUUCAAACGUGCGAGUGUACAACUGGAUGUGACGAAACUGGACGAGAACAAUUUGCAUCGUACCAGGAAACUUUCCAUACCGGCCAAUCAGUUGCUGCUCACAUCAUCCGCACUUGCUAGAAGCAAGCACGUUAACACAUCCAUCUCGUCAGCAUCGCCAACUACAUUUUUGCCAUUUAUUAUUAGAACGUUAGCAGUCACCCCAACAUCAAAAACUACCGCAAACACUACAUCCCUAACAACAAUGGCAUCCACAACAACAACAGCAACAACAACAGCAACAACAACAGCAACAUCAACAACAGCAAUAUCAACAACAACAUCAACAGCAACAACAGCAACUGCAGUAAACAAGCAAACGAUCAGAAGUGUUAGGAGGGUCUCAUUAAUUUAUCCAACUAACAACACUCCACUCAACAGAUUACGACAAGGAUGUUUACGAUUGGUCACGUGGUACGCAUUUGAUUACAUUGUCCUACUCGUCAUCGCCCUCAACUGCAUCACCCUGGCCAUGGAACGACCGGACGUCCCUAACGACAGCAAGGAGAGGCAGUUCCUUAUCAUCUCAAAUUAUUUGUUCACAGCUCUGUUCGGCUUUGAAAUGGCAGUGAAGGUGAUAGCGCAGGGUUUCAUGUUGGGUGAAGGCAGCUACCUGAAGAGUGGGUGGAAUGUGAUGGACGCCUGUCUCAUGUUCAUCUCCAUCACUGACAUCAUCUUCUCACUCACCGCAUCACACAGUCCAAAGAUCUUCGGCAUUUUGAGGGUCUUCAGACUGCUCAGAACGUUGCGACCACUCAGAGUGAUCAGUAGAGCGCCAGGUCUGAAGCUGGUGGUUCAAACCCUGCUAUCCUCCUUGAGACCUAUCGGCAACAUCGUCUUCAUCUGCUGCACCUUCUUCAUCAUAUUUGGCAUUCUUGGAGUUCAACUCUUCAAAGGCAUGCUGUACCACUGCGAGGGCGGGGACGUUUCCAUGGUGACCAAUAAAACAGACUGCACGAGGAAGGGACCCCCUUUCAAGUGGACGAACCGCAAGUACAACUUCGACAACUUGGGACAGGCUUUAAUGUCUUUGUUUGUGUUGGCAUCGAAGGACGGGUGGGUGAACAUCAUGUACACCGGCCUGGAUGCAGUUGGAGUGAACAAACAGCCCAUAGUGAACUACAACGAGUGGAGGCUGCUGUACUUCAUCUCUUUCCUCCUCCUCGUGGCGUUCUUCGUCCUCAACAUGUUCGUCGGAGUCGUCGUAGAAAACUUCCACAAGUGUCGGGAGAGUCAGGAACAGGAGGAGAGGCAGAGGAGGAUGAGCAAGAAGGCUAUGAAAAUGCUCAAAAAGAGACAAACACAAACCUCGUCACCAACACACGAACAAACAGGACAAUGUGAAAUUCCCUACUGGACCAACUACUCAAAAUGGCGAAUGUCCUUGCACUCCAUUGUGACUAGCAAGUACUUUGACCUCGCAAUUGCUGGGGUCAUCGGGUUCAAUGUCAUUUCGAUGGCCAUGGAGUUCUACAUGAUGCCCAAAGAGCUGGAGCAAACGUUGAAGAUCUUUAACUUCUUCUUCACAUCCAUCUUCGUGUUGGAGGCGGGGGUCAAGGUUGUGUCAUAUGGGGCGUUCAGAUAUCUAUCAGACAGAUGGAACCAGUUGGAUGUGAGCAUCAUCAUCAUGUCCAUUGCCGGCAUCAUCCUCGAGGAGGUGACGUCACAAAACUUUCCCAUCACCCCCACCAUCAUCAGAGUCAUGAGGGUUUUGAGGAUAGCUAGAGUGCUGAAAUUGUUGAAAAUGGCGAAAUCAGUUCGUGCCCUGUUGGAUACGGUGGUGCAAGCUCUCCCAGAGGUCGCCAACCUCGGUCUCCUCUUCUUUCUGCUCUUCUUCAUCUUCGCUGCUCUCGGAGUCGAGCUAUUCGGCAGAGUUGAGUGCUCGGACCAGUUUCCUUGCGAGGGCCUGGGAAGGCAUGCCCACUUCAAAAACUUUGGGAUGGCCUUCCUCACACUCUUCCGGAUCGCAACUGGAGAUAACUGGAAUGGAAUCAUGAAAGACACGUUGAGAGAGGAGUGCGACUCAUCUGAGGAUUGCGUGAGAAACUGCUGCGUCAACAAGAUCAUUGCCCCCAUCUUCUUCGUCGUCUUUGUCCUCAUGGCCCAGUUCGUUCUCGUCAACGUCGUUGUGGCGGUUCUCAUGAAACAUUUGGAGGUCAUUCGUAUGUUUCAAUUCACUGUUCACGUACAUGAUGCAGAAAUUGUCCUACAGAAAUUAAUUAUAAAUUAA